AUGGAACCUCUUAGGCUCUGCUUAGACCCUAAGGACUUAAACAAGGCCAUUAAGCGCCCCCACCAUCACACCCCUACCAUUGACGAGGUCCUGUCUAAGCUUAAUGGAGCGCAAUACUUCUCUAUUGUGGAUGUUCGUAGUGGUUAUUGGAACAUUAAGCUUGACCUUGAGAGCUCCCUGUGUACCACAUUCAACUCACCACAUGGCAGAUACCGUUUCUGUCGACUUCCAUUUGGUUUAAUUUGUGCUCAGGAUGUCUUUCAGCGCAAGGUUGACGAGACCUUCGGCGACCUCCCUGGCGUGACUGGAAUCGCAGACGACAUCAUCAUCUAUGGUAAAACUCGUGCCGAGCACGAUAGUAAUCUGAAGGCUGUCAUGCAGCGUGCUCAUGAAACUGGUAUACGGUUUAACCCUGACAAGUGCAAAAUCGCUUGCACUGAGCUGUCAUUCUUCGGACAUGUCAUCAGCUCCUCUGGCCUCAAAGUCGACCCAAAGAAGAUUGAAGCCAUCAUCAACAUGGACCCCUCUACGAGCCUGACAGAUCUGCAGACCUUCCUAGGAAUGGUGCAGUUCCUCAGUCGCUUCAUUCCUAACCUUUCCUCUGUUUCAGCAGUGCUCUGGGAUCUCACCAAGAGCAGCAGCUCCCUCCAGUACUUCGACGGUCGUAAGCCUGUAACCAUACAGGUAGACGCGUCCUCUCGAGGCCUAGGUGCUACUCUUCUCCAGGAAAAAGGCCCAGUGGAGUACCGGAGCAAACUCUUGACUGAGACUGAACAGCGCUACUCAAACAUCGAGAGAGAAAUGCUAGCCGUUGUGCAUGGCCUCGAGAAAUUUCACUACUAUGUAUAUGGCAGGCAUGUCACAGUCCAGUCUGACCACAAGCCACUAGAGGCAAUCUUUAAGAAACAUAUAUUUAGUGCACCAUCCCGCAUCGCACGAAUGAUGCUCCGCAUUCAGAAAUAUGAUGUAAACAUCAAGUACAUCCCUGGGAAGGAGAUACCAUUGGCCGACGCGCUUUCACGACUGAAUCCUUGUCCUGCCGACACCAUUCCCGACCUCGAUGUCUCAGUACAUGUGCUCCAUUUGCAUCUGAACGCACGUCCCACUAGAGUGCGACAAAUCCAGGCAGAGACCGCGAAGGAUCCAGCCCUAACCUCACUCCGAUCGAUCGUCAGCAAUGGUUGGCCUGAGAAGAGAUCAGAGUGUCCGCCCCACCUUCACGGCUAUUGGAACUAUCGUGAUGAGAUCACAGUCUCCGAUGGUCUGAUCCUCAAGGGCACCCGCAUCAUUAUUCCAAAGACCCUACAGGCUGACGUCCUCAAGCAACUCCACUACGCACACCAAGGUUCUGAAAAAUGCAAGCUACGCGCAAAGGGCUCCGUCUUCUGGAAAAACAUCAACAUGGACAUCGAAGACAUGGUGAAGAGUUGCGCCCCUUGUCAGAGAAACGCAAGGAUGAACACCAAAGAGCCAUUGACACCGCACGACGUGCCGUCCAAGCCGUGGCUCACCCUUGGCUCGGAUUUGUUCUUCUGGAACAACGCAUGGUACUUGCUCGUCGCAGAUUACUACAGCAAGUUUCCAUUGGUCCGCAAACUAAACGAUGUUAGGUCUGAGACCGUCAUCAAGCACAUGAAGUCUAUCUUUGAAGAGAACGGAAUCCCCGAGAAGCUGAUCACCGGACACAACACGCAGUACGCUUCAUCGAUAUUUGGCGACUUCAGCAAAACAUAUGGAUUUGAACACACGUCCACAAGUCCAUACCACUCCCAAGCUAAUGGUUUCAUCGAAAGGAACGUGCAAACCGUCAAGAAUGUGCUUCAGAAUUGCAAGGAGUCAAAUUCUGAUCCACACCUAGCCAUGCUGUGCCUCGGCACCACACCGAUCGACCAUAAUCUGCCCUCACCUGCAGAACUCCUGAAUGGCCGAAUCUAUCAGUCUAACCUACCUGGAGUUUCCAGAACAGCUAGGCUGGACUCAAAGGUAGACCAUGAUGCCAACUCCAAGCUACAAGCCAGACAGGACUUACAGAAACUCUACUAUGACAAAUCAUCGAAGGAACUUCCACCACUUCCACCCGGUAGUAAUGUGUCAGUAUUCAACCCACACAACAAGAAGUGGGAACCCGGCACGGUACGCAGUCAGAGGUCAGCUCCCAAGUCUUAUACUGUUGAGUUGUCAACAGGUAGUAGGUUCACACGGGAUCGGAAACACCUACGGCCAUCAGCAGUACCUGCUGAGAAGCCUACCGAUCAUCCAGAUAUUCCUGUUGAUGGUGAUACAGCACAGUCAACAUCCAGUGAUGGUCCGAGCCUCGCAGCAGAAAAGGCUACAGUAGAGCCUCCCAUCAUCGCAAGCCCCCAGCCUUUGCGUCGCUCAGCCCGAAACAUCAAGCCGCCUGACAGACUGAGCUUGUAG